CCCCCCCCCCCCCCUUCCUCCCGGAACAGCUGCUACCAGACGAGCCUGCCGAAGAUACAUUCACGCUCUUCGGGGUAUGUUUUACUCACUCGGGUAAUACCCAGAUAACGGUAUUUGUUGCCGACGUUAAGCUUCAGUUAAAGAAGCGGUCGGCCGGUUUGGCUGUGACGCGGUUGAACUUAAGGCGAAUCCGUCCGUUCAGUCAGGCUCGAGGUUUCUCGGAGGCUCUGAUUUAAAUGUCCGAGAAGAGUUCAUCGUCCGGGUCGGAUGAGGAUGUGGACCCGGAAUCCGCGCAGCAUGUGGAGCUCGGUGGCGUUUUGAGCAAGUGGACAAACUACAUCCACGGCUGGCAGGACCGAUGGGUGGUGUUGAAAAACAACACUUUGAGUUACUACAAGUCGGAGGACGAGCGGGAAUACGGCUGCAGGGGCUCUCUGUGCCUGCGCAAGGCCGUCAUCACACCUCAUGAGUUUGACGAGUGUCGUAUUGACAUCAGUGUGAACGACAGUGUUUGGUACCUCCGAGCUGAAGAUCCCGAGCACAGACUCCAGUGGAUUGAGUCAAUAGAGCUGCACAAGGCCGAGUCUGGUUACGGUUCAGAAACCAGUCUCAGGCGUCAUGGAUCCAUGUUGUCUCUUACCUCGGCAGCCAGUGCCUUGUCCGCCACAUCCACGUCCUCCUUCAAGAAGGGGCACAGGUUGCGUGAGAAAUUGGCUGAAAUGGAAACCUUCCGGGACAUUCUGUGCAGACAAGUGGACACACUGCAGAAAUACUUUGACUCCUGUGCUGAUGUUGUCUCCAAAGAUGAAUUCCAGAGGGACAGAGAGGAGGACGAGGAAGACUUUCCUACAACUGCGAGACCUGAGGGUGAACAUAAUCACAACAACAAUGGCAGCAAAGAGAAGUUGUUUUCCCCCGCCAGUCCAAAAACUAUGAAUGGAAUAGACUUCAAGGGCGAGGCCAUCACCUUCAAAGCCACCACAGCCGGCAUCCUCUCCACCUUGUCCCACUGCAUCGAGCUGAUGGUCAAACGAGAAGACAGCUGGCAGAAGAGGGUGGACAAGGAGCUCGAGAAGAGGAGGAGGGUAGAAGAUGCCUACAAGUCUGCUAUGAAUGAACUAAAGAAAAAGUCACACUACGGCGGCCCAGACUACGAGGAGGGUCCCAACAGUCUUAUCAAUGAGGACGAGUUUUUUGAUGCGGUGGAAGCUGCGCUGGACCGACAGGACAAGAUAGAGGAGCAGUGCCAGUCAGAGAAGGUCCGGAUACCCCGACUGACUCCCGUUCCUCCAGGAGACGUCUACUCCAGUAUCGGUACACACCGAUUUGCCGCCAAGCCCCAUAGCCAUUCUUCUUCCCUGUCCUCCGUUGAGCUAGUCAGUGCCUCAGAUGACAUUCACAGAUUCAGCACUCAGGUGGAAGAGAUGGUGCAGAAUCAUAUGACCUACUCUCUUCAGGACGUAGGCGGAGAUGCUAACUGGCAGCUUGUAAUAGAAGAAGGAGAGAUGAAGGUAUACAGGAGGGAGGUAGAGGAGAACGGUAUUGUGCUGGACCCUCUCAAAGCCACACAUGCUGUGAAGGGUGUGACGGGACACGAGUUGUGCCACUACUUCUGGGACACGGCUGUGCGAAUGGACUGGGAGACCACCAUUGAAAAUUUCAACGUUGUGGAAACGCUCUCUGAUAAUGCUGUCAUUGUUUACCAGACACACAAGAGAGUGUGGCCGGCCUCUCAGCGAGAUGUGCUCUAUCUGUCAGCCAUCAGGAAGAUCCUGGCAACAAAUGAAAAUGAUCCGGACACAUGGCUGGUCUGCAACUUCUCCGUGGACCACGACAACGCCCUUCCCACAAACCGGUGUGUUCGGGCCAAAAUCAAUGUGGCCAUGAUCUGCCAAACCCUGGUCAGCCCACCAGAGGGGGACAAAGAGAUCAGCAGAGACAACAUCCUUUGUAAGAUCACCUACGUUGCCAAUGUGAACCCGGGAGGUUGGGCUCCGGCCACCGUCCUCAGAGCCGUGGCUAAGAGAGAGUAUCCAAAGUUCCUUAAACGCUUCACGUCUUUCGUCCAGGAGAAGACGGCUGGAAAGCCCAUCCUCUUCUGAACACCCAGAGGCUUGCGAGGGGCCCACUUGAGACUCAAUGUCCAUCGUUGAAUCGUCUCUCAAUGACUACAUGACCCUUUCAUCCUCUUAAUUAGAAUGUGUUGUCCACCUACUGCAUUCAGGACACCAUAUCCUUCAGGACAUCACACACGACACCUGCUUGUAGAAGAGACUGGUUUUACAGCUUUAAUUCAUCAGUAGUCGUCAUCCUGCCACGUUAACAUGACUUAACGCCAUCUGUUGGUCAUGGGUACAUUUGUAUGUAAAUUCAAGAGUUUCUUAAGUGGUUUUUGAAUUGUUGUUACUAGUUAUUUGCUUUUUGUAAAUUGUUUUGUACAUUUCUUAUGAUUACACUUUUGGGGGAUUACUUUAAUCACUAGUAUUACAGCCACUUGUUUUGCUGCUGCUAAAGUUACUACCAUGAGAGAGGAAAGACGAUAUUGACAGAAGAAGCAUUGAUCAGGUUUGGUACAUUAUCACCUGUUUUCUGCCUUUUCCCGUCCCCCCCGACAUACGUCUCCCUUUGCAGUUUGAAAGGGGGCCAGGGCCUAAAUCUUUAUAUUUCUAGAUGGUUAUAAAGUAGCUUUUGGCGAGCACCAGGGACACAAUGUAUUGUACGGAGAAAACCGAAUACGCUUUUAGUUAAUUUACCAAUGUGAGAAACGUGAAUUGAGGGAUGAAGGCAGUGACAGUAAGGCUCAGGAAACCUGGAGUAGGAUCUAAAGAGCAUUUGGCCAAUAUUUUAGACAUGGUUGGUAGUGAUAAUUAAAGUGGAAUGUAAAUAUUGGAAUUGACUGCCGAUGCGGAGUUGUAAAAGGGCAUCUGUACGUUAUCUCUGCGCAACCUGGUUUGAGAGUUUAUUGCAGGUGGCCUGGUACAACUUUGAGACCCCUGAUGAUGCAGAAAAAAACUCUCGUCUGUACAAUUGUCAGGUUGCUAAAGUAGAUCAACUGCUAUUGCAAGGACACGGUCAAAUUAUAAAAUGUGGAGUAGGACAUCUGUCCCUUUAGAAUCGUAUUCUAAUUACAUUUCACAUGCCACCCUACAGUGCAGUGGCCUCCUGCCCUUUGACUGAAAGAAAUAACUCCAGAACGAACCCUUGAGCUCCUGGAUAUCUUAACUGUACAGCCACCUGAUGUGCAUUUACCAACACUUAAAUUAACUUAGGAAUGGUCAGCAUUUCAUAUCUUACCUCAAGAUGUAAAUUUAUACCAAUGUUUAAUGCCAUCAUAGGGUGGGAGUUUUGUCCUUAGUAGAUCUGUUCAGUCCAAGGGGUCAGAUGUUCAAAAGGAUCUGGAUGAUUAUAGGAGCUGGAUCUAUGAGCAAUGUCAGCUUAAGAAUGCCUCCAGUGUUUUUAAUUUUGAUAUUGUCAGUAAUCUACACUUUCUAUAUUUCUAAGUUGUACAUCAGAAGUGUUAUUUGCACUAAAUGACAAUGUUCUGUAAAUUAAAAUUGUUAUACAAGGACCGUCUUUGUGAGACCUCUA